AAAAGAAAAGGAAAAAGAAAAGGAGGAGGAGGAGGAAAAGGAAAAUGGAUUUAUACGGAGGAUGGAGUAAAGAGAAAGACGUUUGUAUGGAUGGUAUUUGUUAGGCUUCGGCACAAUGGAUAUAUACUGUGGUAUACCCUACGACCGCGUGCGUAGACUGUGUCAGUUCAUCACCUGUCACAGUCUACGCACGACUUUCCUUUCCUGGUGCACUGGCUUAUCGUUGUGAACAUAGCCCGAGUCUGGGCGACCAACUUAUUUUAUAUUAUUUUUACCGUCGGUGUCGGUGCUGCGAAAAGAACAGGCGGCCGCAGCAGUGGAGAUGGUCGCAUACCCCGCUGGGCCUUCCGUAUCUGACAAACGCGACCUUUAUCUCGACCCCCGCUGCUGCGGGCGAGGCACACGAUCCCAUUCAAAACGGGCUGCCUCAUGGAGAUCUAGCUACUCGCUCGGCUCGACGUCUCGUCAUGGAUGAACAACCCAGCUCAAAGCAGAUCACAGCAGCGCGCCUAGUUGGAAGGUUGUUCGGCAAGAAACAGGAGAGGAAGGGAAACCAGGACGAAUAUGUAGCCUCAUUCCUACAGCGUCCCUCUUCCGACACGUUGCACAUGAAUGGAGCCGAUCCGAACCAGAAUGCGACACCGAAACUCGCAAAGCUUGAUACCCUUGGCGCCCAGCGCUGGCCUACGGCUUUUGAGGUUAUCCAAUCGAGAGACUCGUCGCAAGCUCGCCCAGAACCCAGGCCGUCUAGACCAAGCCACAAGGGACUCGUGGUUCGCUUCACCGACAAGUAUCCUGAAAUUAUCGGAGAAGGCGGUGACGAGGCGGAGGCCCCGACGGCACAUAUAUCUGCUUCACAGAAACAUGCACAAUCAUAUCCUCAGGCUAGUGCUAGGCAGCCUCCUCCAAGAUAUCGACCAAAUGGAGGCAACGAUGAGCAGAACGACCAAGAACGAUCGAAUCAACCGCCGAAGGAUCCAAGGUCGCAACCAGCAGCUCAAGCGCCGGCAGGCCAGCCUUGGACACCGGCCGCUCCAAUAUUACAACCAAGUGCUUCGCAAAGAAGGGCCAACGUACCUAGCAACUACGGCGUACCAGCGGUUGCCACCGGUGCGGCCACUGACCCAGGCCAUGGAGCUCUCGUAGCAAGGAUGCAGAAAGAGAUGAAGAUCUCUGAAGGACAAGCUCUCAUAGCCGAUCAGCAAAACCCUCGGUCCUCUGUCCAAAGACGGCCUGUAGCUCGUGGCAGCAACACCCCGUUAGAAUCAUUUUCCUCUCAAGUCGCCGACGCUUUCAAUGGACAACCGAAAUCGCCUGGUACGGAUGUUAGCUCAAACUCGCCGCCGCCCGGAUACUAUAGCGAGAGUGCCGCCAGAAGCCCAAAGUCAAAUGGUGGUCCAACGCAAAAUAUCUCGCCUAUUAAUGCAGAACCUCGGUCAAUGGCAAGGCUGGUAGCCAAUCUACCUGCGCCAUCGGUGGUAAAUAACGAAUCGCUGGAUGAAUUCGCCGGCCGGGUCGGCUACUUGUAUAAGUUAUUUGAGUUAUCAGCAGAGUCUAAGGAAUCCCUGUCCGCAUCAUCUUUCGAAAAUCUACUAAGGGCCGCUUCUUGGUGGUUUUUGAGGGGCAGGAGUACUAUAGAGCAAGUUGCCAAACGCCGUGCACCAAAUUCGGAAAGAGUUGACAUCCUACAGCAGCAAGGCAAUGCUGACUUGGCAAAAUGCCAGUGGAUACUCAGCGAGAUUUUGGCACACCGACCUGAGAUCGGAGACCGAUCCUCUGAUGAGAUCACGGCCCUUGAAAGAACGGCUCUAGCGAGUGGGCAAGAUGAUGUCGCCAGACUCCUCGAACGAUAUCAGGCACUAUUCUCAAAUCUUCGAAAAUUGACUGGAUCUAUGAAGAAGAACAAUAUCAUGCCUCCGCAUAGUAACGACGCCAUUCUCACACAAGGGCUCAAUACGGCAAUUUGGGUCGACUACCCCUGGCAAGACCCCUCAAUUCAGACACUUUUCUCCGGGAUUCCCCUAUCCUCAAUACUAUCACCGAAAGGGCCAGACAGCAUUUCGUCAACGGAGGCGCUGCCAUUGGGAGACACCGAAAAUAUGUUUACAUACAGCCGGAUACAGGUUGGUGUCUGCCUCACCCGAGACGGACAUGAACCCAUACGGCAACCGUUACCGUGCAUCCUUUCAGUUCAGCGUGAGCGUAACGACAAACUUAUCACCGCUGUGAUCUCCAGUCAGGAUGGAGUUAUCUCCAUCGCCAUCCAACCUAGAAACGGCAGCUCUCCCACUUGGCAGGACGUAGCAUGGGACACCAAGAGAGACUUAAUCGACGUCAAGCUCGGAAAGCUCUUCAGGGCGCGUGUUUUAUUCGCACCUUGGGACUUCCCCACAUUGUGGAAUAUGUAUGAAUACACAAGCAAGGUCCAGACAAGCUUCCUCGCUCACAGCGACGAAGUCUUUGUUAUGGAAACAACUGUUCGAUCAGCACACUAUGCGACAAAGGAGCCAUCUGACCAGAUCUUCCCCAAGGAUGCGGCGUUACAUUGCAAAGUAAGGGUGUUUGAGAAGGUGGUCGUGGAGAAAUCGAUUAACGGGCCCCAUACUCGGCACCGUGGGGUCCGUCUAGCUGUGGCCACAGGGCCAAAUACAAAGUCGCUGUGCGGCAUUACUCACGACCUCCCGACCCAAAGGCCCAUCCGGUAUGAGCACACGCGGGUCGACUACGGUGCCUCGCUCUAUCUAUACUUUGGAGACGGGCCUGCCGCGACGAUAGGUCUAACGUUUGAAACAAACCAAGACCGAUUCGCAUUCCACAACACCAUCAUCGGCGGCCAGCGACCAAACGAGUCGACAGCCGCAGUCCUACCACUAAAGGGUUUCUCCUUGACCCGAUCCGCAGAAAGCCAGUCCACGGCCGUCCCCCGCAUGGUCCUAGACAGCUUCGAAUGGAGCGCCCUCCACGUCAUCAUCCACAACAAAGGCUCUGACUUCAACUCCACCGCCGUCCAAAGCGCCGGCCACCUCCGCAUCAUCGCCGAAUCCCAAAACAAAGACCGCAUCACCGACCGCCUCGUCCUCGCCCCCGGCGAGCUCAAAAUCCGCAUCAGCACCAAGGGCCUGCACCCGCGCCUCACCAUCCUCCGCUCCGAGCAACACGACCUGAUCAUCUCCUGCACCGAGUCGCAGACACCCGCAGAAGUGCGGCAAAGACUGGCACAGCUCCUCGUCCUUGUCGCUAAGGUGCCUACAGCGCGCCACUAUAGCUUCGCUACCCAUGACGACAUGCACGAGUUCCAGCGCGCCAUCACGGGCUUCUCGGUCCUCUUCUCUGGCACAGCUGCUACCUUCGCCAUCUCGCGCCGCCGCAUGGUCGUGCCCAUACACAAGAAAUGGGAGACGCAGGCAGCGUGCGUGCAGCUCCUCGAGAGCGACGGGGUUGUGCAACUCGUUGCGUUCUUUGAAGGGUUCAGUCACGGGGAGAGCAUGAACUUCGUGCUUAAGCCUACAGAUUCCUUCGAGUCGUUUAAUAAGGGGGGGAACUACGGCGUCAAGCUCGCGGAUGCGAAAUUCGUCCUGCCGGUUCAGGAUGAAGCUGGCAUGGGCGCAGAAAAUGGAUUCGUUUGUCUAGACCAGCUAGAGUACCCCGUCGAGCACGAUGAUAUCAUCGUCACCUUCGAUGUCGAGGAUGAGCGCGACCGCUUCGCCAAAGCCCUCCCUUCCGAGACAAAACACGUGUUCCGCUUCGGGAGCACUAAGAGGCGCGGAGAGUGAGCGGGGUGGGGGGGGAGUAUGAAAUAAACUGCAAUAGUGGUAACAAGCUCUAAUGGACGUACGAAGGCAAAGAAAGUACAGCCUGGCAAUCGUGAGUGAGAUAGGAGUGAGGUCGGCUGAGACAUCUGAGAUGCGCUGCCUACCCACUCAGGGGAGUGGGAUAUCACAUGUGCUGGGAACUCACGGAUUCGAUUGUUUUUUGAGGAGAGGAGAGGAGAGGGGGGGGGGUUGAAUACUGUAGUUUGGCGCGGGAGCGUAGACUUUUUUCGCUGUUACCAAGGGGGCGCUUUUUGGGGGUUUUUGUGUGCGCUUGGAUGCGGAUACCUUGGUGCGGUUGGAUGGGGGAUGGGGUUUCCCCUUUGUGUGCGUGGGGGGUUGUAGAUGAGAUUGAGAUAGCUGGUAUGAGCUGAGCUCUAUAUCUUACAUAGCGAGCGAAGCAUUGGGGGUGAAGGGUGGGAAUUAUAUAUUCCAAAGCAUUC